UGAAAAUACUUCCCCUGUAUAUGAGACCCUUCACCCAUGGCAAAUUUGUAUUCACCAUGUUAUGAUGUUUUCUUGAAUUUUAGGGGAAAAGAUGUACGCAGAACUUUUUUAGAUCAUCUCUAUAAAGCAUUAUGUGAUGUUGGAAUUAAUGUGUUUAGAGAUGAUGAUGAACUUCCAAGAGGCGAGGACAUUUCAGGGAGUUUACUUGAAGCAAUUGAAGAGUCAAAUAUUUCUCUUGUUGUUUUCUCCAAAAAUUAUGCAUCAUCUAAAUGGUGUCUUAAUGAGCUGGUCAAAAUUCUUGAAUGUAAAGAAAAACUUGGACAGCUCAUUAUUCCUAUUUUUUAUGAUGUUGAUCCUUCUGAAGUACGCCGUCAAACUGGUUUAAUUGGAGAUUCCCUUGCCAAACAUGAAUCCAAUUCAAGUCCAGAACAGUUGAGGAAGUGGAGAGCUGCUCUUACUGCAGUUGCAAGUUUAGGCGGAUUCCAUCUUCAAAAUCAUUUUAACGGUAGUGAAGUCAAGUUCAUUGAGAUGAUUAUCCAGGAGGUAGAGGGUAAAUUAAACAAAAAAUAUAUGGACAUUGCAAGGCAUCCAGUAGGAAUUAAUUCUCGUGUUAGUGAACUAAUAAAUAAGUUGUCAUGGACGGUGUCAAGUGAUGUCAUGUAUGUUGGAAUCUGGGGCAUGGGAGGGGUUGGUAAAACUACCUUAGCAAAAGCCAUCUUCAACCAAAUUUCUCCAAAUUUUGAUGGUAGCUCCUUUCUUCAUGUUGGAUCGCAAGUUUCAAGGGGGGGUAGCGGUUUGGUUGCUUUGCAAGAAAAGCUUCUCAAGGAUACUCUCAGGAAAAGAAUUGAAGUCAGUUGUGUCGACCAUGGAAUUGAAUUGAUUAAACAAAGGCUUCAAUCAAAAAGAGUUCUCAUCAUCCUUGAUGACGUUGCUGAUGUUGAAGAAAUAUACUCAUUAGUGGGAGGGAAGCAUUGGUUUGGUCCUGGCAGUAGAAUUAUCAUUACCACGAGGGACCAACACUUGCUGAAAUGUUCCACAUGUGAUGUAAAAUAUGAGGUCAAGUGUAUGACCGAAAGUGAAAGUCUACAGCUUUUCUGUUGGCAUGCUUUCAAGAAUCCCCUCCCUCCAGAAGACUUUGUGGAGAUCUCUGAAAGUCUGGUAACAUAUGCACAAGGGCUUCCAUUAGCACUUGAAGUUUUGGGAUCCUCUUUAUAUACAAGGAGCAUGGUAGAGUGGAAAAGUUCCAUUGAGAGAUUAAAGCAAAUCCCUCACAAUUCAAUUGUAGAGAGAAUAAGCUAUGAUGGUCUCCCUGAUCAUACAACUAAGGAAAUAUUCCUUGAUAUCGCAUGUUUCUUUGAAGGAUGCGACAAGGAAGAUGUUUCUAAAAUCCUCAGCAGUUGCGGUUUCUUCCCUGAAAUUGGAAUUAAUGUCUUGAUCGAGAAGAGUUUAGUAACAAUAAAUGAAUCCAAUCAACUGAGUUUGCAUAAUCUGAUUAGAGAUAUGGGAAGAGAAAUUGUUCGUAGAGAAUCCAAAUAUCCAGGUGAACGUAGCAGAUUGUGGGAUCCUGAUGAUAUUCGUGAUUUGCUUACUGGACAUAAGGUAAUGGUUCAUUCUACUUUGAAGCCUGACCUAUAUUUUCCCAAGAUUAGAAAACAAGAUGCGGGUCCCAAUCCAUAUAGAGUAAUUUUUGCUUCUUUUUUAGUCUCUUCCUCAAGGAAUUAUAUCAAGGAUGAGGAAGGCAAAGUAUUGGUGGAAGAGACCUCCAUCAAGCAAAGAUGGCAAAGAUACUUUCACAAACUUUUGACUGAAGGAGGGGAUGGAGAUUUUGUGUUGGGUGAGUUGGCGCACUCUGAAAGACUUCGGAACUUUGGGUACUGUAGGUGUUUUAGGAUCGAGGAGGUUAUAAGUGCUAUUAGUAGGAUGAGCAGGGGAAGAGCGACCGGACCCGAUGAGAUUCCGGUGGAAUUUUGGAAGAGCACGGACAAGGCAGGUAUAGAGUGGUUAACUGGGCUGUUUAAUGUUAUUUUUAAGACGGCAAAGAUGCCUGAUGAAUGGAGGUGGAGUACAAUGGUUCCGUUGUAUAAAAACAAGGGUGAUAUCCAAAACUAUAACAACUACAGGGGUAUCAAACUGCUAAGCCAUACUAUGAAGAUUUGGGAAAGAGUGGUGGAGAUGAGGGUGAGAAGAGGGGUGUCCAUCUCUGAGAAUCAGUUUGGAUUCAUGCCGGGACGAUCGACUACCGAAGCCAUUCAUCUUAUGUGAAGACUGGUAGAAAAAUAUAGAGAAAGGAAGAGAGACCUACAUAUGGUAUUCAUUGACCUUGAAAAGGCCUAUGACAAAGUACCGAGGAAUGUCCUCUGGAGGUGCUUGGAGGCUAAAGGUGUCCCAAUGAUUUAUAUUAGGGCGAUAAAGGACAUGUACGGUGGAGCCAAGACUCGGGUUAGAACGGUUGGAGGAGACUCGGAACAUUUCCCAGUUGAGAUGGGGCUGCAUCAGGGAUCAGUCCUUAGCCCUUUUCUAUUUGUUGUGGUGAUGGAUGAGUUGACGCGGUCUAUUCAGGAGAAGGUCCCAUGGUGUAUGUUAUUUGCGGAUGACAUAGUACUGAUUGAUGAGAUGCGGGACAGAGUUAAUGCGAGGCUGGAGGUGUGGAGACAAACGCUGGAGUCCAAAGGGUUCAGGUUGAGUAGGACCAAAACUGAAUAUUUGGGAUGCAAAUUCAGUGAUGCGGUGGAUGAGGCAGAUGGGGAAGUGAGACUUGACACACAGAUUAUUCCUAAGAAAGAAAGUUUUAAGUAUCUUGGGGCUGUAAUCCAAGGAAGUGGUGACAUAGAUGAUGAUGUCACACAUCGCAUUGGGGCGGCUUGGAUGAAAUGGAGGCUUGCCUCUGGAGUCUUGUGUGAUAAGAAAGUUCCACCGAAACUUAAAGGUAAGUUCUACAGAGUGGUAGUUAGACCGGCCUUGUUGUAUGGAGCGGAGUGUUGGCCAGCCAAGAACUCACAUGUUCAAAAACUGCAUGUUGCGGAGAUGAGGAUGUUGAGAUGGAUGUGUAGGCACACUAGGAGCGAUAAGAUUAGGAAUGAGGCUAUCCGAGAGAAGGUGGGAGUGGCCUCUGUGGUGGACAAGCUGAGGGAAGCGAGACUGAGAUGGUUUGGGCAUGUGAAGAGACGGUGCAUAGACGCCCCAGUGAGGAGGUGCGAGGGGCUGGUUGUAGAGGGUACGCGGAGGGGUAGAGGUAGGCCUAAGAAGUAUUGGGGAGAGGUGAUUAGACAUGACUUGCCAUAUGUCGUUUACUGCGUUUCACCUCUCACAGUAUUUUCUUGA